AUAAAAUUGAUUUCAAGCUGUAGACACUUGUCCUAUAUAUAUUUACUUUUCCCGCACGAUGUCCAUUCCGCCGAAAGUCGAAUUUUGUUUUCCGUUGAAUUGCGAUACGCCUGGCUCAGAUACAUCUGACGAGGAGGAGUUCACAGAACACUUCUUCAACGAAGAAGUGCUGGAGCAGGACACUUCCGAGGACGGUGAGGAUGAUAGUGAAGCAGUAAGCGGAUAUGAAACAUCAGCGAGCCGCAGGGGUAGGAGGCACAAGAAACACAAGAAGCACAAGAAGCGCAAGAAGAAGCACAAAAGGAAGCUCAAGUCUUCUGAGAGUGCCCCGAUCUUACAACAGUCGACCGACAAGAUUCACUCGCCCAUAACAUCCGAAGACGUGCUUAUGCCCCCUCCAUGUUCAACUACAGUUUCCAAGGCCAAACCGCUACACACCCCAGACAUGGCGAAACAGGUGCCGGAAGUAUGUGGGCCAGUAGCACAACCCUUACUCGAUUUCGAUAUGGAGCUUACCCCGAAAAUAGAACCAGAGUGGGAAAAUGCCAAAAACCUUCUGCCCAAACCUCCCAUUCCUGUGGAUCAAGUAGAUCAGAGCGAUCCCGAGCAACCUUCGCUUUCGGAUAUUUCUAAGAAUUGCGAGCGUCUAAAGGAGGGUUCUGUGCCGCAUUUGGAAACGGAGUGGCCUCUAAAUUGUAUGGCCGAACAGAAGAAGUCUGAGUCUCCCCCCUCAAAUGUGAUGAAAUGCCUGAUGUUUGGGGCGACUGAUCCAAAAAGUCAUUCCCAAGAAAACAAUGUUAAGGAGGGGCUUUUCGACUGGGAUGUAAACAGCAAAUGGUAUAGGGAUAACCUUCAGCGUCGCGUAUGUAACGAUCUUCCGUUCGCCCUUAAUCGCAUAACCACCGGUGUGGAAGAACAACAGGCUUUGUCGGAUUGGAUCAAAUCGGAGGGCCUCAACGAACCGAACAGCGACAUUGAGGAGUUCAAUAUGCUACUGAGCUUAGCUAAGGACUAUCCCAAGAAUCAUGAUCUACUAUUCAAGGUGCUUAAGCCGCCUACUCCUCUUACCACGCAGGCAAAGGAAGUUCGAAAGAGGCCUUCUAUGGUGUUCGAAGUAGAACCUCUAAAACCUGAUGCUAUGGAGCGGCAGAUCGGCAAACCUGUGUAUUAUAAAGUGGUCCCAAAUAUUUCUCCGGAAUACAAGAGUCCAGAAACAACUGUUGUAAAACCAGUUCAAAAUAUGCAACUGAUAGAAUAUGAACCAGAAAAUAUGGAAUCAAUCCUGCCAAGGCCCCUAGAUGAGGCCGCCAAUCAGGAGUGGCUACAACACUGUAGUAAGACCAUCAGCCAGCAACUGCAACUUCUAAUAAAUGAAGGAGGAGCCACAGUUUGCCUGAAGGACUUCGAGGAUAUCGUUGACGAAAACAUUACGGAAUUCAGGGAUCCUCAAUCCAAAAGUCUCGCCUCCAAGUGGUACGAGCAAUAUGGUAUCAACUCGGUAGAGCACUUGCGCAGAACUUUGACGCUUACGCCCAUACCAGUUCUUCAGGAACAGUGCCUCCAGAAGAUCCGUAUUCUAAGAAGACCCACCAAACCCAAAAGCGAUCCCUUGGACCUGUCCAUUGAACUUAGGUUCUGUAAGCUGUUUUGCACACUUGAAAUGAACACGCAUUUGUAUCUUGAAAUGGCUGUCAAGAGAGUGGAAAACACCGUCUUCAGAAGCGAUAUAGGUGUGAUCGAAGUGGAACUUGGGGCCUCACAGAUGGGUUGGGUAUGGGCCAAUGGCACUGUGAUGGUUGUGAACGCAAUAAGUUAUGAGGAGCUGGACGAAACCCUUUGCGACAUCGUUGCCAAAACUAUGGGGACGAUGAACUUUAGGGACGAUCCCUUCCACAAGCUUCUACACCUAAGGCUCUUUUCCUGUGCCAACUUCCCCUGGAGCAUGAACUUGGAGGAGUUUAGUAAGGACCAUGCCUGUUCCUCAGAACCACUACAUCGUGAGGUGAACUUCGUUUACUAUGUGAGCAAGGAACUUCCCGGAGUGUCGGCUAGACUCUAUGAAUCGGGAAUGUUCCAGGUGUUCGCCAUGACCACUGCUGAGGCGGAUAAGAUGGUGAAGCAACUGUACCUGCUUACGGCCAGUUAUCGAAAGCCCCUAAGCAAACUGGAAUCGAAUUAAAACCUUCAAAUAAACAAAAAACUGUUAGGCAGUUAAAUGUAGAAUUCAUGUUUAUAAUAAUAAGUAAAGCCUUGAAUUGAGGAAGACUACAA